AUGCCAUCCGAUAUCGGAAGUAUAAAAGAAUUUGCUGGUGGAAAGGCGGACACUGAAGAAUUUAUAGAUGAGAACGUUCAGGUUGAAUUGGAAACCAUCUAUACCGAUUUUCAAAAAUGUCUUGAAUUACGUGAUAAGUACAUGAAACUUUCUCUACAAAGGUUGGGUGAUAACCCGAAGGAUAAGGAUAGCUGGGUAAUAUAUCCUCAACCGCCAAAACCAACCUGGGAAAAACCUCAAUCCCAAUAUGAAUCACAUAAACGACAUAAUGAAAAAAAAACCGUUGGUGAAGAUUUCAAAUUUGAGGAAUGUAAUAUACCUGAAGAGCAUGAUGGAAAACCUGCUUAUGUCGUUCCGCGGAGUAAUGAAUAUUUUAGGGAUCUUGAUUAUAUUCUUAAAGUAAUUUCAGAAGGUCCGGCAAAAAGUUAUGCAUACAGGCGUUUACGUUAUCUUGAAGGAAAAUGGAAUAUGUUUGUUCUACUAAAAGAAUAUCAGGAAGUGGUUGAUUCAAAGGACGAAGUAAUUUACAGAGAUAAUCAAGUGCUUACACUUACCAAAGUAUUUGAGAGUUUAAAAUUGACUGCAUAUGAUCUUAGUAUCGACACUUUAGAUAUGCAUGCUCAUACUGAUUCGUUCCAUCGAUUUGAUAAAUUUAAUUUGAAAUAUAAUCCUAUUGGAGAAUCGCGCUUGAGAGAAAUAUUUUUGAAAACAGAUAAUUAUAUCAACGGAAGAUAUCUCGCAGAGCUUACCAAAGGUAAAUUAAUCGAUUAUCGCAUUGACUUAUUCGCCAAAAUGAUAAUUUUAGAUUUAUUUGAACCCUUGUUUGAGGUUACGAAAGAUCCAAAAACUCACCCAGAGUUACACAUAUUUCUCCAACGUGUAGUAGGUUUUGAUAGUGUAGAUGACGAAUCUAAAGCUGAACGACGUAUUCAUAAGAAAUAUCCUCAUCCAAAGGAUUGGGAUACAGCCCUUAAUCCACCCUAUUCUUACUAUUUAUAUUAUAUCUAG